AGGUCGAAAUAAUGGAAACGCUAUCGAGUCAUCCUCUCCCGGUCGGAGCCUCCUGCAGUUUUAUCUUCCCCUAUAAACCGUUUCCUUGAAAUAAAAGCCCACCUCCACCAACCGACGCUCUCUCUCUCUCUCUCUCUCAAAUUUCAGAGCCAGAUUACGCAGCAAAAUUAAUUACCAGAAAAUAUAAAAAAAAAAUUAAUUAAAGCAAAUUUGUGAUGGAAUAGGACUUGACCUCAUCUUCUUCUUCUUCUCAGUCUCGUCUUCUCUGCACAGAGGGAAGGAGUCUGCGAUUCUAGGGUUUGUGGCUCUGUGCGCGGACUGAUUUGGUUCAGAUACAGUGUGCUAUGGGUAGGAUUUUUCUGAUUUGACAUGGCAUCGUAUGGAAACUUGAUGUUUGUGGACGAGCCUCGGUGCGAGUCGUUUGGUACCGAGCAGCAGAUGGGCUCGGAGAUCUUGGUGGCUCAGCCUUUACUUGGUCGUAAUGUGGACCUUACCAGUGAGGCGGACGUGUCUCCGGGGUUUUGUAGGAAUGACAAUGCUGGUUGUGUGAGCUGCAGUGAGGUGACGGAGUUGGGUACUGGCGAUAGAGAUGGUUUGGCGGGUGGUGGUGAAAGUACGAGUGUUAUGGAGCCGGAAGAUUUUUUGAACAGUGAGUAUGGGAUCAAUAGGUGUGGCUUGGAUGAGAAUCAGAAUGAUGUGGAUGGUUGUUCUAAUAUUGGAAGUGGCGGGAUGCAGUUGAAGGAAGGCUGGUGUCGUGAGGAUGGCUUUGCCGGUUCAUUUGACGAUUGUGAAGUGCCCUCGAAAGUCAUACCUUCCACAGGGUCACCAGGAAAUGGUAUUCAACUGGAUGAGCACAGGGAUGAUAAAGGUGCUAAUCGUCUGUCUUCUGAAGGGAUGAUGGAAGUUAUGGAAGAGCAAGGUGAAUUGCCCUUGGAAUUUGUAGACAUUGAUGUUUGUAGGGAUUACAUCUUUUCUGGUAAUUCAUUGGAAGCUGCUAAUGAAAAAAGUGUUGCUUUGACUGGGAUAGAAGCUGGUGGUUUGUGCAACGGGACAUCACCUGCACAGGAUGGUGGAAUGUCUUCAGAAGUAUCAAACACAGGUGAUCUAGUGACUAACUGUAACUGGAAGAAAGAACAUAUUGACGAUAAUGGUGUCAGUGGUGUAAGCGGGCUCUCUACUGAAAAGUCCACAGAGGUUUCUGAGGCAUGCAACCAAAUGUUGCCGUCACUGAGUUUUCAAGGGUCUUUGGAAGAUUUGCACAUGCCUAAUUCACUGAGUAAUUUUGCCCAGCAGAGUGAUCCAAGGGGUAAUAAUGCAGUUGAUGGUUCCUUGGCUGACAGGGUUACAGAAUUUAUGGAGGAGAAAAGUAAUGUUAUGACAGACAAGGAGGCUGAAAUUCACACCCAGAUAUCACCUGUAAAAGUUAAUGUCUCCUGUUUGAAGGAAAAUUCCUCCAAUGUAGCUCCCAACUGCAUUAUUGAGAAUUCUGUUCCUCCUCAGUCAUGCGAUGCCUUCAGUAUUGCUAAUAAUGGUGUCAAUGGACAUUAUGCUGAUAGUGUUACAGAGGUUGUUGACAUGAAAAGCAAUAUUGUUGAUGCAUGCAAUCAAACAUUGCCUCCAGAUUUACUGAGUGUUUGCACCCAAGAGAAUGAUCAGAGUAGUGAUAAGGUUAAAGAAUGUGUGGAACAGAAAGUUGACGGUACGACUGAUAUGAGGGUUGAAACUGGCACUCAGAUGUUACUAAAAGAGGAAAAGGCCUCCAAUCUCACCAAAGAUUCUGCUGGAUUAUUUCCCAACAGUACUAUUGAGAAUUCUGUUCCUCUGCAACUGCAUCAACCUUUUGAUAUUGUCAGUAAUGACUCUUCUAAGACGGUCGAUGUUCCAGAUAUCAAUGAUUCUCCUGGUCAUGUUGAAUCUAGUACUUCAUUUGACCAUUCUGGACUGAUGGAUCAUGAAGGAAAUGAUAAUUUCAGAGUUGAGUUUUUUCCUAAAAUUAAUUUUUCUGAAAUUAUUGCAUUGCCUGCUCAAAGGAGUGGCCGAAGCCGCAAGACUCCGACAAAAAAGGCUCCAAGGAAACGCAGGAAUGCAUCUAAAGUGUUACAACCUCUUGGAAGUGUUGAAAGUGUCUUCAAAGGUGCUGGAAGGAAGAGAAGCUGCCUUUCCAAACCACCUCGUUCUUCUACCUGGGGAUUAUUGGGAAGUGUCAUUCAAUCCUUUGAGGAGAGUAAUGGGCUUCAGGUCCAUCAGGUUUGUCAAGGUCAGAAUGAAGGAUCACAGAAACGAAGGGGUGGUCGAAGAAGUGGAAAACAGAAGCAAAGUGUGGCUAGUGGAAAUUUUCAAGGGUCUAGGGGAACUUUAACUAAUCAUGUUCGUUUGAAAGUUAAAUUUGGGAAAGAAGUCGAUAAAAAUUUACUGUAUAACAAAGCAGCUGAGUUUGUUGAUACCUCAGCAUGUGCAAAUUCUAUUCAAAUACUGAAUGCUGUUGAAGGUAAUUGGAGACAAGAAGCAACUGUUAGGAAGUGUCAGCAUACAAACAAGAAACUAGAGAAGGAUGAAACUUGCCAGGAUGGAGAACUGGCUAAUAAGGACUUGGAGACUGUUUCUGUUACAGAGAUUUCAGCUGAAGAUGAGAUACAGAAUUGUCUUGUGGUUCCCUCUCAUGCAAUUGCUAUAUCAUCAGGAGGAUCAGUUGGGAGUAGCUAUAGAGACCCUGGAACUUCACCUGAUUCUGAAGUUAUCAAUUUAAUUCCAGAAGCACAUGUGGAGGCAAGGCCACAAGAAGAUUCUCAUGGUACUGAUUUGACUUCAGACAAAGUUUUAUCUGCUUUUGGAGACUUUAUUAGCGGUAAGAGAGGAAAGAAGAAACAUAAACUCCCUUAUGCGGGAAAUUGUGUUCCGGAAGAUGGUUCACCGUGUCCAUGCCCAGCUAGCACAAUGAGAGCAAAACCAUCAACACGUGAUGGAUGUAGACAGAAUGGUAGUCAAGAUAUUUGCUCUGGCGAGACUUUUACUUCAUCCCCAGGUGCAAAGGCUUCAACUAACUCAUCAAGUGACAGGGACUUGUCUGUGGAACCCCUGUGCUUGUCAGGAGGAAGUGACCACGGAGUGGAGAGGGGUGCAGAAGCUGAGACGGAUUGCAUUCUAGAUGUGGGCUUAGGUUUGCAUAAUUCCCAUAAUAUGCUUCCUUCCUCUAACACCAAGGGGCAGAAGCCUCCCAAGGGAAAAUUGAGAGGUUCUGACUCAGCGAGUAAGAGAAGUAAUACUCGUAAACCAAGGGAAAAAGAGCAGAAGUCUGUUAAUAAGAAAAAAGUCAAGGAGGACAAACAGCUUGCCUGCAAGGUGGAAAGUCUCCCUGAAUCAGGAGAUCCCUUAGCAGAUGCCAACACUUCCCAUGUUGCUGAGUGCAUAGGUGUUCCUAACUUGGAUGUGGUACCUGUUGACUUAGAUAAGCAGUAUGUACCCCCUCGGAAUGCGUGGGUGCUCUGUGAUGCUUGUAAUAAAUGGAGGCGUAUACCAGCUGAACUUGCAGAUUUUAUAGAUGAAACGAAGUGCACAUGGACCUGUAGAGAGAAUAUGGACAGAAACUUUGCUGAUUGCUCAAUUCCUCAAGAGAAGUCAAAUGCAGAGAUUAAUGCAGAGUUGGAAAUAUCUGAUGCUUCAGGCGAAGAAGAUGCUUCUGGCACCCGAUUACAUUAUAAAACAUUGGAAUGCCGUCGUCCAUCAGUUUCCCAACAGAAUGUUGCAUCUAUUAAAACCAAUCAGUUCCUUCACCGUAAUCGUAAAAAUCAGAGUAUUGAUGAGAUAAUGGUUUGCCAUUGCAAACUACCUAAAGAUGGCCAGUUGGGUUGUGGAGAAGAUUGCCUGAAUCGAAUGCUUAACAUCGAAUGUGUUCGAGGAACCUGUCCAUGUGGAGAUCUUUGUUCAAAUCAACAGUUCCAAAAACGCCGAUAUUCCAAACUAGAGAAGUUUCGAAGUGGGAAGAAGGGAUUUGGUCUCAGAUCGCUUGAGCAUAUAUGUAAAGGGCAGUUUCUUAUUGAAUAUGUUGGAGAGGUGCUUGAUACACAUGCUUAUGAGGCACGACAAAAAGAGUAUGCUGUAAAGGGUCACAGACAUUUCUACUUCAUGACAUUGAAUACCAGUGAGGUAAUAGAUGCAUGUGCAAAGGGAAAUUUGGGGCGAUUCAUCAACCAUAGUUGUGAUCCGAACUGUCGCACCGAGAAGUGGAUGGUGAAUGGAGAGGUCUGUAUAGGACUAUUUGCACUAAGAGAUAUAAAGAAGGGUGAAGAGGUGACAUUUGACUACAACUUCGUAAGGGUGAUUGGAGCUGCUGCAAAGAAAUGUUAUUGUGGUUCACCUCAGUGUCAGGGUUACAUAGGUGGUGAUCCUCUUAAUACUGAAAUCAUUGUUCAAGAUGAUUCAGAUGAAGAAUAUGUGGAGCCUGUGAUGAUCCCAGAAGAUGGUGUAGCGGAAGAUAGUAGAGGCAAUGCGGUGGCCAGACUCGAUUCCUUAGAUGGUGCGAUAAUCCAACGUGAGGAGAGUGCAUCUGCAAAUAAAGACAUUGAUAAAUUGGAGAUUACCACACAGAGAGAGGAGUCCGUGGAAUUGCAGCACUUGUUGCCAUCUUUUGUCCAACCAGUUGAAGUGUUCCAACAAACAGAAGAUGUAACUAGUAGAUCCACGCCUGUUGUUCAGCAGGAGGUUUUCAGGGAAAAGGAGACUACAGAAAAAUCCUCAGACUCCUUUGAAAGACCAGAGAUUACUUCUCCAACAAAAGUGAUUAGCAAACCUUUAUCUGAUGAUAUUGAUGCUAACAAAAGCUCCAAGUUUAACACUAUUGAAGAUGAGCAGCUUUCCUCUAAAGUGCAUCGGAAUGUGAAAACUUCUCGUUCAUCCAGUUCUGUGAAGAAAGGCAAAGUUAGGAGUACUCCUCUAAACACAAACAAAAUUCAGGUGGUAGCCAAUAAAUCUCAUGUGCUACCUUUUAAACCGAAAAGAUCAAUCGAAGGAUCAGUUGAAGAAAAGCUUAACGAGCUGUUGGAUGUUGAUGGAGGGAUAAGUAAACGCAAAGAUUCCACUAAAGGCUACUUAAAGCUUCUGUUCCUUACCGCACAAUCAGGUGAUAGUGGCAGUGGGGAAGCAAUUAAAAGCAAUCGAGAUCUUUCUAUUAUUCUUGAUGCCCUUUUGAAGACAAAGUCGCGUACGGUUUUGAUUGAUAUUAUUAACAAAAAUGGGUUGAGAAUGCUACACAACAUUAUGAAGAUGUGCAGGAGAGACUUUAACAAGAUUCCGAUCCUCCGGAAGCUUUUGAAGGUCCUAGAAUAUUUGGCCGAAAAGCCGCAGAUUCUUACACAGGAACAUAUUACUGGAGGUCCUCCCUGCCCGGGAAUGGAGAGCUUUACAGAGUCGAUACUAUCACUGACGGAGCAUGGUGACAAAAGGGUCCAUGACAUAGCACGCAACUUCCGAAAUAGGUGGAUUCCAAAAGCUUUCAGAAGACAUAGUUUUGUAGACAGGGAUGAUGGAAAGAUGGAAUUUAACAGGAGUUCAAACUACAAUAGGUUUUCCACAACACAUGAUAAUUGGCGUGAUCAAAGUGGAAGAUCUACUGAAGUUGCAGAUAAUGUGAAGCAAUCAGUGGUUAAAACACCAACUUCUGCGAGUACGGUUAUCCAGGAUGGCUCUUCUACACCUUCUACAGGUGGUUGUGCAACCAGUGAGACAAAAGUUCGCAAGCGUAAAAGCCGAUGGGAUCAGCCAGCAGUGGCAGUCCCUGAUCCAAGUUCACUUCCAAACAAGGAACAGAAGAUAGAGUCUAAACAGCUAGAAUCUAGUCCAUUACCUCGGAUAGGUGAUGUGACAUCGCACCCUGAAAAGGGGAGCAGAGAGGGCGGAAAUUGCACCAGCACUGUGCAUGAUUUAUGUCAGCAAGUUGGUGCUGAUGUGGUUAAUGAUGGAAAGCAAAACAUUCCUGAGGAUGUUCCUCCUGGAUUUUCAUCUUGCAUUAAUACCCCUGUGGUUUCGUCAACGUCUUCAGUUAUAGGGCAUCCGCAGGCCAAGUUUGUUUCUCGCUUACCUGUCUCGUAUGGUAUUCCACUGUCUAUCAUGCAGCAAUAUGGGACACCCCAUGCUGAAAGUGUUGAUACUUGGGUUGUUGCUCCUGGCAUGCCUUUCCAUCCUUUUCCACCAUUGCCCCCAUGUCCCCGUCGUAAGAAAGACCCUUCUCAUGAUGUCAAUCAUUUGUCAGUUAACCAAGCUUCAGAAGGACAACAAGCCAGCUGCGUUGCUACGAAUUGUCACUCUGAAGAAAGCAGUCCAAGCACAACUGGUGCCGCUCAAGCAGACUUUGGCACACCAUCUGCAAAUAAUCAAUUGGGUACUAAACGACAGAGGGAGUCCUCAUAUGAGGCCCCCUUGGGGAGGAGAUACUUCAAGCAGCAGAAGUGGAAUCAUCCAAAACCGAGGCUCCCAUGGGUUAGGGAUAGGAAUGGUUGGGGAUGUAAUGGGAACAACUUCAGAGGUGGGACAAACAGCAUAGGCGUAGGAACUGUAGGAAAUGAGCUUAGAACUCCAUAUUGUUCAGAGGACAUCAGCUAUAGGGUGGAGAAAGCUGGCAAUAAUGUCAAUCAGCAUUCACAUCACCAUUAAUCCACAUUCAUUUAUAGGAUGAGCUAUUCAUUUUCGUUAUACUUCACUGUGCUCCCGAUUCUUUUGUCUCCGGGUUUAUUUUAAUGAAUUUUAUUCAAUAUUCAAGUCUUCGAAUUGAAGUUCUAAUACCAAGACCUCAGUGAAAAAGAUGCUCCUAUCAGGUGGUAUGCUCCAUAAAUGUUGAUCCAUUGGUGAAUACCUCAGAGAGGUUAGUAGUUUUUAUAUAUCAUUUUGAUGGUGUUAUAGGGCUUUCAUGAAUUAUCUGUUCUUGAUUAAGAUGAGAUUUGUAUGGACAUACAAAAAUGAAUAGAAGAUGGUUUACAUUCAGGUGCUUUUGCAA